GGGAUGGACUGGGACUCUGCUUGGGAAGCCGCCGUGCUGGAUAACACCGAAGGCUGCACGAUAUGGGGCUAUGACCACUCCCGGAAGGACUUUGGUCGUCAAGUCUCUCACGCGUCCUUCACCAAGAAGCACCGCACACAUUUCCAAACGCAAGUUCAGCUUGGCCCAGAAGACCGCAGCGACGAGAACAACUUGCACACGCUCGAAACUGUUAUGAAGCAGAAUGGCCACACAUUCAUUGACAUCCUCAAGGUUGAUAUCGAAGGCUAUGAAUUUGACACGCUCAGGGCUAUGGUGCAACCUUACGUGGACAGUGGCAAGCUGUUACCCUUCGGCCAGCUACAUAUAGAGCUUCACGUCUGGGGCAAGAGGUUUCCAGACUUCCUGAGCUGGUGGGAACUGCUGGAAGCGGCUGGUCUGCGGCCAGUUAUGAUGGAGCCUAACCUAGUCUAUGUCAAUUACAACAGGGCGAGCGGGGCAGAACUAGCAGAGGUAUGUUACACUCGACCCUAUUCCCCGUUCUACACUGUUCGCAUUGCACGACCUAUCUCACACCAACUUAUAGUACACAUUCCUUAA